UAUCAGAAAACCAUUCGAACUUUGCAGAAGUUUCCUCCCAGUGUUAGGCAGUUGAGUGACCGGGGUGCGGCGGCUGUUGUGCGGGUAGUGUCUGGACGAGUCAUCGGCUGCAUCAUGCUGCGAACUGUGCUGGGGAAAGUCUGCUCCAGGGUGCCCCAUGUGCCCCUGGGCGUCCAGGUUGGCAGGUUUUCUGCUGCCGCCAUUCCUGCCCCCAACCCGAAGCCUGAUGUCCAGUAUACCCAGCUCUUCAUAAACAACGAGUUUCAAGAUGCAGCCAGCAAGAAGACUUUCUCCACUAUCAACCCUUCCACUGGAGAGGUCAUCAGUCGUGUUGCUGAGGCAGAUAAAGUGGAUGUUGACAAGGCGGUGAAAGCUGCUCGAGAAGCAUUUAAAUUGGGUUCACCAUGGAGGAGAAUGGAUGCUUCACAAAGAGGUGUCCUGCUUAACAGGCUGGCAGAUCUUAUUGAGAGGGACAGGGCUAUACUAGCUACUUUGGAAACCUUGGACAAUGGAAAGCCCUAUGCCAUAUCCUAUGCAGUGGAUCUGGAUCUUGUAUUAAAAUGUCUGAGAUACUAUGCUGGAUGGGCUGACAAAUGGCAUGGAAAAACCAUUCCAAUUGAUGGAGACUAUUUUACGUACACCAGGCAUGAACCAGUCGGAGUUUGUGCACAGAUCAUACCGUGGAAUUUCCCUCUUCUGAUGUUAGCCUGGAAGUUCGGCCCCGCACUGGCAACUGGCAAUGUUAUUGUCAUGAAGGUUGCGGAGCAGACACCCCUCACUGCUCUACAUGUUGCCAGCUUGGUGAAAGAGGCUGGGUUCCCACCAGGCGUGGUUAAUAUCCUCCCUGGCAUGGGUCCCACAGCAGGUGCCGCCCUUUCCUCACACAUGGAUGUGGAUAAAGUUGCUUUCACUGGCUCUACAGAGGUUGGCCGUUUAAUCCAGCAGGCAGCUGGAAAAUCCAACCUGAAGAAAGUAACUCUCGAGCUUGGUGGAAAGAGCCCUAACAUCAUAUUUUCAGACACUGAUUUGGACUGGGCUGUGGAACAGGCCCAUUUUGCGCUGUUCUUUAACCAAGGACAGUGCUGCUGUGCUGGUUCCCGCACAUACGUCCAGGAGGAUAUCUAUGACAAAUUUGUGGAGAAGAGUGUUCACCGUGCAAAGAACAGAAUUGUCGGAAACCCUUUUGACUUCAAAACAGAACAGGGACCUCAGGUGGAUGAGGAGCAGUUUAAAAAGAUCUUGGGCUACAUCAAAUCUGGAAAACAAGAAGGUGCAAAGUUGCUGUGUGGAGGGAACCCUGCUGCAGACCGUGGCUACUUUAUCCAACCUACAAUUUUUGGAGAUGUGUCUGACAACAUGACCAUUGCUUCAGAGGAGAUUUUUGGACCAGUCAUGCAAAUUUUAAAGUUCAAGACGAUUGAGGAAGUUAUCGAACGAGCAAACAGCUCAAUGUAUGGUCUGGCUGCGGCUGUAUUCACAAAGGAUAUUGAUAAAGCGAAUUACGUGUCCCAGUCACUGCGAGCUGGAACAGUUUGGGUCAACUGCUAUGAUGUCUUUGGAGCUCAAGCCCCAUUUGGAGGUUAUAAGGCUUCUGGCACAGGAAGAGAGCUUGGGGAAUAUGGCUUGGAGGCAUACACAGAAGUGAAGAAUGUAACAAUUAAAAUUCCUCAGAAGAAUUCAUAAAAUCUUGAGGUCACAAGGCUCCAGAUUGUCAUCUAAAAAUGUGAAUUCCUCAAGCGUUUUUUUUUUGUUUUUUUCAAGACAGUAAACCACUCAAAUUUCAGUCUUCAACUUUUUAACUUAGUAUCACGUAUGUUCUGUCUUUAACAUUUUGCUCUUAUCUAAGGAACAUUAGUUUCUUGGUUUGUCUGUUCUGUCUUAGAAGUAUGUGUAAAAAGUAUCCAGGAGUUACAAUAUUGUGUUUUGUUGGGGAUGGUGUUUCUGUGCGCCACUUAUUCAACGUACGAUUGUAUAGAAAAGUAGAACAUUAAGCGCUUCUUUCUCUAAAGCUUUGUGCAAGUUUAAAAGUGACUUGCAGGUCUUUGUUCUGAACACUUGUUAAAAUAAAAUGCAGUUGACAUUAAAUAA